AGCUUUUGGACUCACAACACAACAAUGGCGGAAACCACCACCGCCGCACGGCCGCCGCUCAAAAUCAUCGCCGGCGCCGACUCCUUCGGCUGCACACUCAAAGACGCCUUGGUCUCCCACCUCCGAUCCCUCAACAUCGACGUCGAGGACCUCGGAACCUCCGCCUACUACUCCAUCGCCGCCGAAGUCGGCCGCCGCGUCUCCUCCUCCUCCGCCGCCGCCGACACCGAAACCCGCGGACUCGUCGCCUGCGGCACCGGCGUCGGCGUCGCGAUGUUCGCCAACAAGUUCCCCGGAGUCUUCGCCGCCACGUGUCUCUCCCCCGCCGACGCCCUCAACGCCCGCUCCAUCAACAACUCCAACGUCCUCGCCGUCUCCGGCAUGUCGACCCCGCCGGAAUCCGCCGUCGAGAUCCUCGACACCUGGCUCAACACUCCCUUCAAAUCCCCAUGCCCGGCGUCGGAGUCAAAACCCUGGCCGGAAGAGGUUUCAUCGUUUCUCGACAAAUCUAUCAACGAAAUGCCGAAAAUCGGGGCGGAUUCUGCUCCGCAAGACGCGUCUUGCUCAAUCUGUUGUCUGCUGAAAAAUCGGGAUUUGAGAGAAAUUGAUAUCAUUCCGGGUGGGUCAAUGAAGAUAGUGAGGGAGAGUCCCACGUCGGCUGUAGUUAGGUUUAAGGCCGGGAGCGUGGAGCCGGCGCACCACCACACAUUCGGGCACGAUUUGGUGGUGAUGGAGGGGAAGAAGAGUGUGUGGAAUUUAACCAAGAGUGAGAGGUUUGAUCUGGCUGUUGGGGACUACUUGUUUACUCCAGCCGGGGAUGUGCAUAGAGUCAAGUACUAUGAAGAUACCGAGUUCUUUAUCAAGUGGGAUGGGAAAUGGGAUAUGUUUUUCGAUGAGGAUCUUGAGGCUGCGAAGAAGGCUAUUGAUCAGGAGUUGCAGAAUGGAGGUAAGUGAGUGAGAAUGGUGAUUAUGUGUGUGUGCAUUAUGUAUGUCAUUAAGUUUGUUUAGCUUAAUCUCGAUACUGGUUGUGCUUUGCUAAGAUUACAGCAACUUUGUAUAUGGUGAAUAAAGUUGUGUGUUAGAUGUGUACGAGUUGUGAUGGUUUUAUCUGAUCAUGAAACUGUGUAUGCUAUUGAGAAUAAGGAACAUCCUGAUUGCUCACACUGCAUCAGUUGCAGAUGUGCAGUUUUGGGUUAAAUGCUUCAUUCUGUUUCAAUUGUGGCCUGCAAUUUCAGUAGGUAAGUGGACAAGUACACAUGUAUGGAGAAGCAUUUUUG